AUGUACGAGAACAUUUCUACAAAGUUGAAAAAAAUUUUGGAUAAUACGCACAAACUCUCUUUUUACAGAAAGGACGAACAUUUCAAGCUCUUACGGGGAACGGUAGCGAAUAGAAAGAAUAUCGAAACUAUAAUAGCACUGAGCGGUUAUAAACCACGUAAUAGAUAUGCAUCCAUGUUGAUGGUGCAGGAUGUAGUGUACAACGGCAAAGGAGAGUGUGUGAAUCGCGACUUUGUGAAUAAUCUGGUCGUGCCCUGCCAGCAUAUACGGAUCAACACGCUAGCGAAUGGAUGCGUAUUUGAUGAACACUCUGCCAAUAAUAGGAGUGAAACAGACACGGCUACAGCAGAAAAUGAUAGUUUCUCGGGCAAUAACACGUCGUUCACAGAUGAUAAUAGAGAAAAUGCUGGCCAUAAAAAUAACGAUCUGGAAGCAGACAGGCGAUUGCAUGUCCAUGGAUACAUCUUGAAUAAGGACCAAGCAAAUUUGAUUAAAUCACGUCAAUUACGGCCAACAGCGAUACCCUUUGUCUAUGAGGUCCCGCUCUCUACACACUUACGACUCUCCCCAGCCAGACACUACAUCAUACAAAGCUUGCCGACUACGCUUCCGCCGUGUAUCUUAAAUCCACCCUUUCAUAGCACUGUCAUUGAUACAUGUGCAUCUCCCGGUAACAAAACCUCACAUUUAUCGGCAAUUAUGAACAAUACAGGGUUGAUAUACGCCGUUGAAAAGGAUACCAACAGGUACAAAACACUACAACGAAACUUGCAGCUGUGCAAUGCCAAAAACGUAACCGCGUUGAACAGCGACUUUCUUGAGUUAAAACUGAGCGCAGAGUACCUUUUGGUUGAUCCUUCGUGUUCAGGCAGCGGUAUCCAUAACGAUUACGUAAAGAACCCUGGCCGGGUCAAAUUACUAUCUUCGUUUCAAAAGAAAAUACUUCUACACGCUUUGAGCACCGAGAAUGCAGAGCGAAUCGUCUACUCAACCUGUUCUUCUCAUGAAGAGGAAAACGAGAUGGUAGUGGAUUACGUUUUUAAAGACGAGAGAAUCGCUAAGAUGUGGCGAAUAGAGGAAAUAUGCUGUCCGUAUGGCAGCAAAGGAAUUGAGGGGUAUUCAUGCAGCGAAAGCGUGCUAAGAUUUGAAAGAGGACAAUACAUAGGAUUUUUUAUUGCACUGUUCGUCCGUAGGAAUGAAAAAAUGAAAUAAUCUGGAAUAAAAACCUAUUACAUGCUAUAAACAACCAAUAAAGCACU